CCGAAAGCGAAACAAGCAAGGCCAGGCCUGUCCAGCCUCCAGCAUUAACGGAAAGAACCCUAGUCUUUCCUCUCUCGACGGACUACAGCAAUUGUUUAUGAGCAGUAAAUAACCCAAGAUUCACCAACAAAGCCUUUUUCCCACUUGUAUAAUUUCUUACAGAAUAUCAAAAAUCAAAAGUUUAACUGCUUCAGUCAAGCUGAAAGAAGAUCUUCUUUACAUCUACGAAGACAAACCCAAUUCUGAAACCUCUUCAAACCAUCAAAACUCUCACAACCCAUUUCCAGGAAUCACCUGAAAUUCCAGUUCCAUGGAGUUUAAUUGCUCAUCUCCUAACACCAUCCCUGUAGUUUCAACUUUUGCCUCUCCCUUUGACAAUUCUCCUCCGGUCAACUACUCAAAUUCCUCCUCGACUAGGAAGCCCAUAAGCCUAUGGCCUGGAAUGUACCAUUCACCAGUAACUAAUGCUCUAUGGGAAGCAAGGUCCCAAAUAUUUGAGAGACUCCUUGACCCACCAAAAGAUGCGCCCCCUCAGAGUGAGUUGCUCACCAAAACUCCUUCUCAAAGCAGGACCGGCAUCCUUUAUAACUUGUCAUCAGAUUAUAUUUUGAGAGAACAAUAUAGGGAUCCCUGGAAUGAGGUUAGAAUUGGGAAGUUGCUUGAAGACCUUGACGCUUUAGCUGGGACUAUCUCUGUCAAGCAUUGUUCAGAUGAUGAUAGCACAACCAGGCCUCUCUUGCUGGUCACAGCUUCUGUUGACAAGAUUGUUUUGAAGAAGCCUAUUAGUGUUGACAUUGAUCUGAAAAUAGUUGGCUCUGUCAUAUGGGUUGGGAGGUCAUCGAUUGAGAUUCAACUCGAAGUUAUUCAGUCCACAAAAGAAGACUCAGAUGUUUCAGAUUCAGUAGCUCUAACAGCCAACUUCAUCUUUGUGGCCCGUGACUCUAAGACUGGGAAAGCUGCUCCUGUUAACCGGCUUUCACCAGAAACUGAGCAUGAGAAGUUUCUCUUUGAAGAAGCUGAAGCCAGAAGCAAAUUGAGAAAACGGAAAAUAAUAGAUAGAAGAGAGUUUGAAAACGGGGAGGUAAAUAGGCUGGAAUCACUCUUGGCUGAGGGCCGAAUCUUCUGUGAUAUGCCAGCCUUAGCAGAUCGAGACAGCAUUCUUCUAAGGGAUACCCGCCUUGAAAACGCUAUGAUUUGCCAACCACAGCAAAGGAACAUCCAUGGUCGAAUUUUUGGUGGUUUUUUAAUGCACCGAGCAUUCGAGUUAGCUUUCUCAACAGCUUAUGCCUUUGCUGGACUGGUGCCUUGCUUUCUAGAAGUCGAUCAUGUUGAUUUCUUAAGACCUGUUGAUGUAGGGGAUUUCCUUCGUUUGAAGUCAUGUGUUCUGUACACAGAACUUGAGAAUCCAGAUCAACCGCUGAUUAAUGUUGAAGUUGUUGCUCAUGUUACAAGGCCUGAGAUCAGAUCUAGUGAGGUAUCAAAUACAUUUUAUUUCACUUUCACUUUGCGGCCUGAGGCGAAGGCCACAAAAAAUGGAUUUAAGAUUCGAAAUGUAGUUCCUGCAACAGAGGAAGAGGCACGUCGUAUUAUAGAGCGUAUGGAUGCUGAGCUGCUGACACGUCAAAAUCAGUGAUGCAGGAGCAAAUGAUGUUUUCUAAUAUAAGCUGCAGAUGUUGUUACUUAAAUUUGAGAUAGUUUGAAGUAUCUAAGACAUAAAUAAACUUGGCCGGUUAUAUUGUGGGGGCAUGAGCCUGAUGGGUGUCUGAUUUAGUGAUAUUUUCCCUUUAAGCAUCACAAGUAUUAUGUGAUGAAGCAUUCAAAACAUUUUUCAGGUAUGAUGUCUGUUUAGAUGAACUUCAGUUUAGCCUUUACCCUUGUUGUCGUUCCA